CCAGGUUUCCUGCAUUUUGCCGCCAUGUUGACGUUGAUGUUGUACGCUGUUGUUGCUGCUAGUGUCGUCUGCUUGACUGGCGCCAACCCCUUCCCCAAGACCAGAGACGACCGAGAUCCGUCCUACUGGAACACCGAGGCGGACCAGGAGCUCCAGGACGCUAUAAAGCUGCAGAAGACGCUGGGCGUGGCCAGGAACGUGAUCCUGUUUCUAGGCGACGGGAUGGGAAUCCCGUCCAUCACCACCGCCAGGAUACUGCACGGGCAGAUGAACCAACACAGCGGGGAGGAGUCGACCAUCGCUUUUGACAACUUCCCCCACGUCGCACUUUCUCGGACGUACUCGGUCGACCACCAAACCCCAGACUCUGCUGGCACCGCCACAGCCUUUCUCACCGGAGUGAAAACCAACUCGUAUAUGAUUGGUCAGAACGCCUACACGCAAAAAGGGAAUUGCAGUUCCGCAGCGGGCAACGAAUUAUUAACCAUUCUCGAUUGGUCUCUCGCCAAAGGUAAAUCUACAGGUGUGGUGACUACUACACGCAUCACGCACGCCACGCCCGGUGCGUCGUACGCACACUCCGCCCACCGGGACUGGGAAGGCGACUCUAUGAUGGUCAACGAGACCGGACACUGCGUGGACAUCGCCAAACAACUUGUCUUCAACAACAGCGACAUUCAGGAGUGGAUCGACAAACAGAAGGAAAAAGGUCGCAAGUAUAAAUACGUAUGGAACCAUACUGAAUUCGACAACAUAGACCCAUCAUCCACCGACUAUGUCCUCGGUCUGUUUAACCAAGAUCACAUGCAGUACGAACUGGACCGGAAGUUGGAUAAAGCUGGUGAACCGUCCCUGGCUCAAAUGACGGCGAAGGCCAUACAGGUCCUCAAGAAGAACGCAAACGGAUUCUUCAUGCUUGUAGAAGGAGGACGAAUAGACCACGGACACCACAACAGCGAAGCUGUGUACGCUAUUCAUGACACUGUGGCCUUCGCAGACGCUGUUGCCAAGGCGGUAGAGAUGACGUCACAGACGGACACGCUGAUUAUCGUCACCGCCGACCACUCACACACGUUCAGUUUUGGGGGAUACCCGUCAAGAGGAAAUCCCAUUUUCGGAGUGGUCGACAAUGCGUUGGAUAACAACAACCACACGUUCACAACUCUGGCGUACGCCAACGGCCCCGGAUACAGUACCCAACAUAACGCCAAUCUCACCAAUGACGUUGUAGAGAACAAGACGUAUCACCAGAGUGCGGGCGUGCCGCUGAGUUACGAGACUCACGGAGGCGAGGACGUGGCCAUCUACGCACGCGGCCCCAUGUCGCACCUCUUCCACGGGGUUCACCAGCAGAACUACAUCGCCCACGUCAUGGCCUUCGCGUCUUGCGUCGGGGAGUACGCAGACGACAAAAAGUGCGUCAAGUCACUCGUGCCACCCACAUCCGGUGUGUCAAGGGAACGGGUGACAGCGUGGUGGUUACUGACUGUAGUUGUGGUGUGUUUGUUGAGUCGGCCAUUUUAAUAAAAAAAUAAAAAAAAUGGGGGGGGGGGGGGGGGGGGGUUAAAGAGACUGUCAAGAGUUGGUGGUCAUUGUAAGAUAUUUCCGACUUGGAUACCUUUUUCAUGACUGAAAUGACUGAACAUUAUAGUGUUUUGCCUAGCUUGUUUCAGCAUGGACGGCACCACCUUGCCUUAAUCAGCUUGUUUUAGCAUGGUUCGGCACCAUGCCUCAGUAGUCUAGCGCCAUCUUGCCUUAAUCAGCGCCAUGCUGUUCUGAGAUUAAACAAGUCUUUUUAUAAAGCUGUCUUUAGAAAACUCUCAGAAAUACAUUUUAAUUAAUAAAAUAUGCCUUUUA